GAGGCAGUGGCAGUCUACAUCUGCCAUUCAAGGACAUGACAGACAUGCGUCGUAUAUACUAUACGGUACUGUAAUACCUUCUCCCAUAGUGAUAAUUUACUUCCUCUCUGCUGCUGCGAGUAACGCAAGCGUGGCCGGUAAUCAUCGCUAUCAUGCAGCCACGUCCGCAGUGUUCUCAUACUCUUCCAAGCGCUGACUUAAUGCACGGGCCAUUGGAAAUGCUUCGCUGGUCCUCUCUUUCACCAUUCAGCGAAAUAAAUUGUGGCAGAAUCUCGCAUUGUCCCUUGGGCCAUAUCCGAGAACAGUUAUUCCGAAUGGACCUUGUCUUUACGGAGGCGGCUGUACGAUACGGCCUGUAUGAUAGGUGAUAAACCAAGCUUCAUCUCCACCACUGAAAAGCUACUCAAAUUGCUCCGGUAGGCAAGAACUAGGUGAGCUGUGAGGACACUCGCGCUGCCCUAUCGGCUCCAGGUAAAUUUAGGGGUCGAGUAUCAUACCGGUGUGGAGGGAUAGGUUUGAUCGCUUGUACUCGAGUAGAUACUGCUUUCCAUCUAUCUACCGGUAUAUUGGGUUCAGCUUCAUCACCUUUUACCUCAACACUAUUGGUCAUCUUUCAAGAACAUCAGUCACCUAUAUUUUCAGCCCUCUUAUCCUACGGUUUACAAGGCAGUUACCCAGAAAUCCUAGCAACCGAAGUUCCAGAAGCGCAGCCUAGCCGAAAAUACCAUCCAAUCUACGGAAGUCGACAGAGCCACUUCCACACAGGUAUGGCAGCUACGGUAGGUCAUGAUACCUUCCAGUAGCCCAAUCUUGGCACGCACAGGACAGCUUCUACUCGUACUCGAGAGGCAGGGAGAUGAGGCUCAAAACUCUCACCUUAUUAUGCAGAUUACCAACGGAUAAAGACAUGACAUACCUACGGCACAAUGGGCUAGAACCCUUGCCCAUUACCCCCACUGUGAUUUACAAUUCAACCCGCAAUGCUCUUCCCCGCUUCCCCUUUUCGGGACACCGCUACAUCUCGCCCGCCGUUCCCCCCCGCAACCUAUCCCUCGCCACAAUGGCUGCCCCAACCAGAUUACGGUUUGCUCCACUUGAUACAUCAAAAACUCCUUCGGCAGAAGCUCCAAAGCUCCAGGGUAUCGUUUUUGACGUCGAUGGAACAUUAUGGUACCUUCUCUCCCUUCUCCGGCUGGCAAUGGAACUUCUGCCUGACACUUACCUCUCAAGUGAGCCCCAGACAUGGAUGUUUGCACGAAUACGAGCCGCUCUAGGAAUUGCCAAAAGUGUUGAUAUCCUAAGCCAUGUUUACUCCCUCGCAAUUGAGAAACAAUCGGCCGCUAUGGAAAGCGUUCGAAAUGUCGAGAAGGAGGCAAUGCUGAAAAUGAUUCCUCAGAAGGGGUUGAUACCACUCAUGGAGUAUCUUGAUAAGAGGGGCGUCAGGAAGGCUAUCUGCACCCGUAACUUUGAGUGCACUUCCCCCCGCUUGCCCUUACCCAACUUACGAAUAGUGCUAACCGGUAUCAAACAUAGGGCUCCGGUCAAUUACCUCAUAUCGAAUUUCAUGCAGGGUCAUGUAUUCUCCCCUAUUGUCACCAGGGAAUUCCGUCCCCCCAAACCCGAUCCUGCUGGUAUCUUGCAUAUCUCGGGGAGUUGGGGGCUUGAGGAUGGAGGUAGGAGGUUGAUCAUGGUUGGAGAUAGUGUGGACGAUAUUACUGCUGGAAGAAGGGCCGGUUCAGCCACGGUUCUUCUCGUAAACGACGUUAAUAGAAGCCUGGUGGAUCAUGAGAACACCGAUUGUGUGAUCGAAAAGUAAGUCACUCCCCGCAGUCUUGAGGCUUGGUUCAGCUCAUUGGGGAUUACCGUACAGUUUGGAAGAUUUGAUCCCAAUCCUCGAAAGCGGCUUCACCGAAAUAGAUAGGAUGGCUCCCAACCCCAAGAAUGAACACUAGACUCUGCCUAUCCUGCCAUAGUGCGGAGAAGCUUAGCCCACUUACAGGGACUAUAAGGGGUUCUUAGAUACCGGAGAUGAAGAAUACUACACUCUUUCUCCCCUGAUAAAUUUUAUUCAUGACGCCUUAUUUGCUAGGUGUCCUUUUAUACAAACC